UAGGAGCGGGUCUCCAGAGCUAGGCCUUUAAUCAAUGGAAAACGUGGUUGCUAUGGCACCAAGAUAGAACUAUUGGCUUACGGGGAAGGCUGCCGUUGAUACUGGGCCCGCCCCCUUUUUUCUGUCCGGAGCGGAGGCGCUGCUCCCGCGGUACCGGCCUGCGGGAUGGCUUCCAGCUUCAAGAAAUCUACUUUAGGGGCAGUAGCCCAGAGGAAGAAGACAGGUCCUAAACUUGAACUAACUGAAGACCAGAAGCAGGAGAUCCGAGAGGCUUUUGAUCUGUUUGAUACCGAUGGCACUGGGAACAUAGAUGUUAAGGAGCUAAAGGUGGCCAUGAGAGCACUAGGGUUUGAACCCAAAAAAGAAGAGAUCAAGAAAAUGAUAUCAGACAUUGAUAAGGAAGGAACAGGAAAGAUCAGCUUCAAUGACUUUCUGGUGGUGAUGACUCAGAAGAUGGCUGAAAAAGAUUCCAAAGAGGAGAUUCUAAAAGCCUUCAAACUGUUUGAUGAUGAUGAAACUGGCAAAAUCUCUUUCAAAAACCUUAAACGUGUGGCCAAGGAACUUGGGGAAAAUCUCACAGAUGAGGAGCUACAGGAAAUGAUUGAUGAAGCAGAUCGAGAUGGAGAUGGGGAAGUGAAUGAGCAGGAAUUCCUGAGGAUCAUGAAGAAGACCAGUCUUUACUGAUAUGUUUGUUGUGGAUUUUCUUUUUAUACAGUUGGAAAUAUAUUUGGUAGGUGCAUGA